GUUGGAAUAAUCGAGCGUUUCUUCGAAACUGUUGACAGUUGUGCAUCUUGUGAUUUUUUUGUCAAUUAAUACGAAUUUUUGUAUGUGCAUGGAAGGAUAUCAGUAAAGUAGAAGAUGGCUACGAAAGCAGUGCGGGUCGUCUGCUACCUGCUGUUCAGACUACUACUGCCAUGUGUGCUACUUGUAGGAGCUGUGGUGCGUUUCAACGCCCUGUCCUUCCUGUACACAAUUUUCCUCUUGUUGGGUCCGCUCCUCCAGUCUCCCACUGCCAUCACCAUCAGAGGCGGUACUGGGUUGUACAUGAAGUUGGUGUUUAUAGUGGGUCUGUUGGCAGUCCUAGCACAUGCGGUAUUCCACAUCACCCUGUCUGCCAUUGCCAACCAUAAUAAGCCUUAUGGACAUAUGUUUCCAAACUGCUCUCAGUAUGAGAAGUUGGCACGACAGAUAGCCUUGGAAAGGUUGGAUACUGCACCAAUUAUAGACAUUGUCAGACUGGUUGCUCCAGAUGUUGCUGUAUUUUUGACUGGUUUAAUAGUGUACAUAAUUUGUGUAAAACUCUUACCAGCCGAGAAAAAACAGUCUGAACAAGAACUUCCCAUCAUCGUAAGAUCUCAACAAAAACGUAAAGUCAAUACUGUCGUAGAAUUUAUUGGGGAGUCAGUUUUAGUGUUACUUUUGGUGGCUAGUGGUGUUAUCGCUCCAAGUGUCUUAUCUUCUGUCUACUUCCUGUCGUUCCUCUUUUUGGCGACCAUAUGGGCACUGUACGGGCAUCUCGGGCGGAAGUUUCGUAUGUUCCGUGUGAUUCUGCUUGUCUACAGCGCGGCCCACAUUCUUGUGUUACACCUUUACCAGUUCCAGUUCUUCCAGGAGGCCAUACAUCCAGAUGACUUUAUUGCCAGGUUGGUUGGUCUAACAGCAGUUGUCUAUACUGACUGUUCCAAACCAUACACCAUCUUCUUUUACGAUGAUUCCAAGUGGCAGAACUUUGUCAACCCUGGAAUCUUGCUGGGACUCUAUUAUGUUCUUGCAUUUGAGGUCCGACAUGCUUGCCAUGCCAAGAAGGCAUUUCCAGUUGACGCGAAUGACUCAGCAUUUCUGGACGCAAAACGUCAACGUCGUCGGCGACAAACGAGUUCCGAGCGUCAGGUAGACGGAAAACUGGACAUGAGCCAAAAGGAGCACCUGGUUGAUGCAGAGGUAGCAGCUAACUACAGCAGCAUUGAACCAGUCGCUGAAGAGCGAGAGGGGUCACCAACGAUGUUGUCACAGGAUGAGGUAGAUGCACCCGGAAGUCCGACUGGUAGUACAAAGAAAUUAGCAGAAAGCAAGCGGUCCGCGUGGGUGUCCAUGUUUGUGUACAUCAUGAGGCAGAGCUAUGUGCUGUCUUUGAUUGCAAUGAUGGUAUGGAGUAUCUUAUACCACAGCUGGUUGACCUUUGUGCUGCUCCUGGCUGCCUGUAUCAUCUGGAUGUUCCCCAACUCUCGCCGUGUCUGCUACAUGCUCUCUCCCUUCAUACUCUUCUAUGGUAUUGGUCUGUUAUGCAUUCAGUUUGUGUUUGGGAUGGACCUCAAGCAUGAGUUACCCACAGAGAAGAACGGCAUCCGACUGCGGGACAUUGGACUUGUCACAUAUCCCCACCCCUGUAUACCCCUGGCUAUUCAGGUGGCGUUCACUCUGUGUUUCUGGCUUACCCUUCGUCAGUAUAUGCGAGAGCGAAGGAGCUCAGUGCUUGCCGAGGCCGACAAGUACCCCCUGGAGCCUGUUGUAACACCAACUACACCGACAUCACCAAAGUCUCUCUCAGAGAUGCUGCAGUUCCCUCAAGGCCUUGACUCCGUGGACGGGUAUGACAGCAGCACGAUGAUCUGGAUCGGUCAAUAUGUGUGGUGCAUGCUGUGCAAGUACUGGAUCUUCCUGUGUGCCACCAUGCUGCUGGUCAUCUCAUUACAGGAGGUGGUUGUCUACAGAAUCAUCUACAUGAUUCUCUUCCUCAUGUUCGUCAUUACCUUCCAGUAUGCGUACAGGUUUUGGCGGUUGACAAUGAAGCUAUUCUGGUGGGUAGUGAUCCUGUACAGUAUGGUUGUGCUUAUCAUACUGUAUACCUACCAGUUUGAGAACAUCGCCAAGGCCUGGAGGGACGUCACAAAACUGCCUAAUGAAACGUUGGCAGACAUAGGGCUGGAGCAAUUCAACACUGUAGGCUUGUUUGUUCGUCUGCUUACGCCGACCACUUUCCUCAUCCUGCUCAUUAUACAAGUCCACUACUUCCAUGUGCCCUUCCUUGCCAUCAGCGACCUUGACAGAUAUAAGGGGAUGCCUGUGGAGGGACCAACCACACCAACUGUGCCGACAUCCGACACCCAAACAACAAUCGACGAGGGAUCACUUGAUAUUAAGGAGAAGAAAUCAUUUGGUAAGCGUUUUGCCCGAGCUCUGAAGAAAGCUUGGGUGAAGGUGGGCGAUGUAUGGGAGGUCAUCACCUGGUUUCUAUGGCGACUGGCAGAGAUACACGUGUUCAAAAUUGUUGCCUUUGUGGUCAUCAUGGUCUGCACACAUGAGGUGUCAGCAGUGAGUGCAGUAUACGUGAUCCUACUGGCCGUGUUCCUGCCGAUGACGGGCUGCUGGUUCCUGUUUUCACACAUCUCUUUGCUGUGGACUGCCCUAGUUAUUCUCUCCAAGAUGAUAUACCAGCUUAACCUUGUGGAUAACACACCCUGGCUUACAAACUGCACUGGUAACAUAUCUCAGGAGGCCCCGUUCAACACAACCAUAAACAAUGCGGAGUGGGUUGGCAUGAAGAGAAUGGACUCUCUUGGACUAAACUUUGGUGCAUACAUAAAGAACUACCUUGGCAUUCUACUGAUCAUCAUAUUUGAGCGUGUUAUUGUGUACCAUCAAACACAGCUGUACAACAAACCAGGCGUACCCAAGCCCAAAACUGGCAUCAUCUUCAGCACAAUCAAGCGAGCCCAAGCAGAUGAGGGGACCAAUUCUUGCUUGAAAUAUUUCCUCAACUAUUUCUUCUACAAGUUUGGACUUGAGUUGUGUUACAUCGUGACGGCCAUCACAAUCUGCGUGCGUGUUGAUGCCUACUCCAUGCUGUAUGCCAUAUUCCUGGGCAUUCUCCUGCUCCUCAAUCGCCGUAAUAAUGCAAGGGUGUGGCCGGUGUACACGGUGAUACUGGUCAUACUAUUACCGGUCCAAUUCCUUCUGGCACUUGGUGUACCACUUGGGCUUUGCUAUACAUACGCAUGGGACAACAAACAUUGGCUGUUAGAGGAGGACAACCAGGUAACAGAGCUCGAACAGUGGCUGUUCCUUCCAGACUAUGAGGCCCCGCCAAACGCUUAUAAGCUUGUGGCUGACUUCUUCCAGCUGUUGCUAGUGUGUCUGCAGUGGCGCGUGUUCCGGAAGGAGCUCGCGAUGCGUGGAGAGAUGCAGGAUGGGGGGUCAAACGAGGAUAUACUCCCGGAAGUCGAGGCCAAGACUCCCAUACCAGUGAAGGAUUUCACUACUGAAGUCACUAAAAAAGGCAAGGUUGUACCAAGUUCAUACCUGGACAUCAUCAAGAACUUUGUGUUUGUGUACAUGUUCUGGGUGACACUAGCCAUCGUGUUCAUUGCGGGCACGUCCCGGAUCAACCUGUUUAGCAUGGGCUAUGUGAUCGCUGUCUUCUACUUCAUGUGGUUCGAACGAGAGUUCCUCAUAAAACCUCUGAGAAGGCUUGUUAGAGCUUGGAACCUCUUGCUGGGUCUUUGUUACUUCAUCAUUCUGCUGAAGGCCGCCCUCCAGCUGCCAGGGUGUGUGUACAUCAAGAUAAUAGAGGACAAGGCAUGCUGGCUGGUACAACUACUUGGCCUCACUUGCCUACGACCAGGCUACAAAGUACCUUUUGUGGCUAGCUGUACUGUGGCAGAGGACAACACCGGCUUAUCUUGGGAUGUUGUAUGUUUCACCUUCCUGCUGCUUCAGAAGAGAAUCUACACCAGCCACUACUUCAGACAUGUUGUCGCUGACUUUGAGGCACAGAACAGGCUCGCUUCCAGGGGCUGUCAGCUGAUCAACCGUAUCCUGAUGCGACAGGUGGCCAAACAGAUGGAAGAAGAGCGCCUGAUACUCAGCAAAAUCAAGCUCAAGAUGCAGUCACUCAAGAAGAAACAGGCCAGUCUUAAGAAGAGCUUUGUGGAACCCGACGAACAUUUUCAAGCUAUCCGGUCAGGAGACUACUACCUGUUUGAGGAUUCAGAGGAGGAGGAGGAGGAGCCUGAAGAUGAAGUGACCACCAUUACAUAUGGCCAAGGUAGAAGUGAGGAUGAAGAUGAAGAAGCAGGUGGACCCUCUCCCCUACAGUUGAUCACAACAGCUGUGACAUCAGGCACAGAUGAAGCAGUAAAGAAGGCAGAGGAAGAGGGAGGUGGGAGUAAACCCUCCAGUCCCAGGCCUGGUGCAAAGAAUCAAGGAUUAGAUGAACCGGGAACCAGUCGACAGAAAGUGGGUAGGGAAGCAGUGGAGGAGGAGGAGGAAGAGAAGGGUGGCGUCCUUGCAAAACUCAAGACCAUCUGCAGUUUCAUUCUGGCGUUCCUGGUAAGCUGUGCCAACUGGCUAACAGGUCUGUUCAACCGAAUCUCCCGAAACUACCGCCUUGUUGCUGACAAGAUGAAGGAUGACCAUAUUGCUGUCAAGAGACAAAUACAGUCUGAGGUUGGCCAUGUGGAGAUGAAGGAGACUGAACCCCGGAGUGAUGGAGAAGAUUUGAUGGAGGUGUCAGUACAGCCUGUUACCACGGACGUUGCACCACUGAAGAGCGAAAUCAGCCUGGCGGACAUUGACCUUGACCGGUUUGACGAGAAGCAGGAAGAGGAGCGACACAAGUCCUGUGUCUACAGGCUCCUGGUGGCCACUUACUUUGCACUAGUGGCAAGGACAGAGAUUAUGUGCUACUUUCUGAUGAUCCUUAACCAUAUCCUGUCCGCAAGCCUCCUGUCCCUGCCCCUCCCUAUGUUUGCCUUCCUCUGGGGCAUGUUGUCAGUCCCGAGGCCAACAAAGACAUUCUGGAUCACCGUCAUUACAUACACUGAGGCCGUUGUAGUGGUGAAGUACCUGUUCCAGUUUGGGUUUUUUACAUGGAACGACAAAGUUCCAGGUUCAGAUCCCUUCUGGCCCCCUAAGAUCCUUGGCAUUGAGCAGAAGGAUAACUUCUGGGUUAUGGACCUUAUACUGCUUCUUGUCCUCUUCCUGCAUAGGACCAUACUCAAGCGUUAUGGACUGUGGAAAGAUGAGGAGGAGCCAACCAUUGAGAGCAAGUCAUCUUCAACCUCGUCCAUUGAGGCUACCAAAGAAGAAAUAGCCAAGAUGGAGGCUAUCCGUGAUGAAGAGCGUCAUGAUAGUCGUACCUCCAGCCUUCAGGUGCAACCAUCAAUUCUUCGCGCCCCAUCAAGCUCUUCUAGCAUUGAAGAGGGAGUUGAUGAGCCGAAAGCUGAGGAAAAAGAUUCUGCGUUUAAGGCAGUAUUCCGGCCGUUCAUCAACUUCUACAAGCAGCUUACAUGUCCAGACUACAAUGCCACCACAGACGUGUACGCCUCCAUGUUUGCCUGUGACUUCAUCAACUUUCUCAUUGUUGUAUUCGGUUACCAGGCUUUUGGACCAUCUCAAUCAGCUGGUGGAGAUGUCACUUCCUAUAUAUCUGAGGACAGGGUCCCAGUUCCAUUCCUGAUUAUGUUGCUAGCCCAGUUCGUCCUGAUCAUUAUUGACCGGGCCCUUUACCUGCGGAAGAAUGUGCUUGGCAAAUUCAUCUUCCAGAUUUUGCUGGUCGUUCUUCUCCACAUCUGGAUGUUCUUUAUUAUUCCUUACUGGACUGGCAAGCCAUUCACAAGUAACAAGCCCGCGGCCCUGUGGUACUUCAUCAAAUGUGUGUACUUCUACCUGUCUGCCUACCAGAUCAAGUCUGCCUACCCCACUCGAAUCCUUGGCAACUUCCUCACCAAGAAGUACAACUAUGUCAAUCUCUUUUUGUUCAAAGGGUUUCUGGCAAUUCCAUUCCUGCUGGAGUUACGUACCCUGAUGGACUGGAUCUGGACAAACACGACAAUGGCGAUCGGCAGCUGGCUUCAGAUGGAGGACAUCUACGCAAACAUCUAUGUACUCAAGUGUCAGAGGGUCAUUGAAAAGAACCACCCUACCCCCCGUGCCCAGCCCAAGGCAGCAGUUAUCAAGUAUGGGGUGGGAGGUCUACUCCUCUUCGUGGUCAUUUUUAUCAUCUGGUUCCCUCUGGUCAUUUUCUCGUUUGCCAACACAGUGUACAUUGCCAAUCCACCAAAGGAGUGUACAGUAUCUGUCUCCAUUGCCGGAUAUCAGCCCCUGUUUGAGAUUAUGGGACAGCAACAAAAUAUUCAACAGUACAAUGAGGGCCAGUAUCUGAGCCUGAAGAAUGACUACGACAAGGAUGUGUCAGCAACCAUGUUCCUUAACAACUACAAGCCGGAGGACAUUUCCUUGAUUCAACUGGAUGGUAAAUCCACGUCAGUGUGGACCAUUAGCCCGCCAAGUUUUUCGCGCCUUAUUAAAGACUUACAGAACGACUCUACACCCAUAACUAUGGAUUUUAUUGUCUCAUUUACAAGGGCACCCCAUGACCAGGCUGGGGAGACACUAAACCAGCAGUAUCGGAAGUCUCUAAGCAAGACAGAGAAGCUGAAUACAGCCGCAAUGCUGGUCGGAAAUACGUCAGCCCCUGUGGAGAUAGCGAACGUUUAUCCUGAGGAUAUAAGACUGGGGUCCAAGCAAGCAAUGGCUGCAACAGCCAUACUUGGACCGUCGACAACAUCGUACACAAAUAUAAGGAUUCUGCUGAACAGUACAAAUGGGACGGAGUCUAACGCCUCCUGGUGGGAGAUCACUGUGGAUAAGAAUACUAAUAACUACAUUAAUUUCCUAACAUUCAACGAUAGAGUUGCCCCAGCCGGAUUCUCCCUAAUCACAGGAUAUGGCAUCAUCGGCCUGUACGUUACGUUCAUCCUGCUGAUUGGCCGAAUGCUGCGACUCUCGACAACAGGAAUGGCGGCCACAAUAUCAUUCCGUGAGCUUCCCAACGUAGACAACAUCCUUCGACUGUGUCUUGACCUCUACUUGGUUCGCGAGAUGAACGAGUGGCGCCUGGAGGAGGACAUGUACGCCAAGUUGCUGUUCGUGUACAGAUCUGCAGAAACCAGAGUCAAGUGGACCCGGCUUCGGAAUUCGCAGAUUAUAGAAAUGAAGAAAAAUAUGUAGACUUUCAUGUAGAAUAACAAAUAUUGUAGAGAAUGUAUUCAUAAAGACAUUUAUGAUUUACAAAGUCGCAGUUGGUAGAAAAACUCGAACGUUUUUCUAUUUAAAUAAUUAGGCAGAUUUUAAAAUCAAGGAUGUUCAAUGGUUAUAAAAGAUGUUUACAUACAAACGUGUUUGUAUAGUUUUGUAAAUCAAAUUUGAUUUAAAGCGUGUACAAUGAUAAGUGUCAUAAGUGUUAAACUACCAUAUUGAUAUAGUAUACCAGACAUUUUCUUGUUUUUAAAACAGCACUUUUAAUUAUUUGCUGGAUAUGUAAUGAGAACAUUUGCAUUAUUCUUUAUGCUGUUUUUUCCUGUUUGCAAAUGGCAUGUUUUUUUGUAUGCUUUUUCAUAAUUGGCACGUUUUUUGUGCUUGUUAGGAAUCUCACCCCAAACUUAGUAGUGUCAUAAAAUCAUGAUUCUUCAUUGUAAAUAUGUACCGAAUAUAAUUAUAUUCUCAGUAAUUUGUAUAGUGGUACUUAUUGUACAUUAUUGUGUACAUUUUGUAUGUUAACAUUGUCUUGUAAUUAGUGACAAUUACUUUAGUUAUCAUUAAAUUACAUUCAACAAAACUCAUAUAGAAAGACAUUCUUGCCAUUUAGAGAAAUAAGCGAUAUAAUUGUAAAUGUUGUGAUUUGAAAUAUAUAUAUACUCUGUAGAUUUUAUAGGUUGAUUGCAGUUUAAAUUCGGUUGUAUAACUUUUUGAGAAACACCCUACCAUUGUCCGUAUAAUUUCAAAUGUUUUAUUAGUGUUACUGUAGUCUUAAUCGUGGUCAGAUUAUUUUAGAACAUUAUAUUUUAUGAAUUAUGUUACCAACUGUUUCACUGUUUGCAACAAACGUCUUCACAGUUCCUUCAAAUACCAUUCAAAAGUUUUUGCAGUGCUAUAAAGGUGCUCCAUUUUAUGAAAUAAUUUAUUUUUAGAUAGUGAUGAUAGUGAUGAUAACGUGCAUAUAUUUUUUUUCAUUUUAUUUUUUUAACAAGUUUUUCAAAGAAUAGAAGUCAAGGUAUUUGUUAAAGACUUUCUGGCGUUUUCAAUGGUGUAAUUCUUGUGGGCGUUUAUCAACUGA